UUGGGUUGUGCCGUGUGUAGUUAGGUUGCCACAUCGCCGGCCAGUCUGGGGUUUCAGCUGAGCUGCUGAUUUUCAUGAAUAAUAAACUUUACAGCGGAUUUUCUCUGAAGUAGUCGAAAGAAAAGCGAGCCGAUCUGCAGAUUCAGAAUGGAAUCCUACGAUAUUAUAGCCAACCAGCCGGUUGUGAUUGAUAAUGGCUCCGGUGCCAUCAAAGCUGGAUUCGCUGGAGACCAGAUUCCCAAAUACUGUUUCCCAAAUUAUGUGGGACGACCCAAACACGUGCGGGUGAUGGCUGGUGCCCUCGAAGGUGACCUGUUCAUCGGACCUAAAGCCGAGGAACACAGGGGGCUGCUGUCCGUGCGCUAUCCAAUGGAACAUGGCAUCGUUAAAGACUGGAACGAUAUGGAGCGGAUCUGGCAGUACGUUUACUCCAAGGAACAGCUCCAGACCUUCUCUGAGGAGCACCCGGUUCUCCUGACUGAAGCUCCUCUGAACCCCAGUAAGAACCGAGAGCGUGCAGCCGAGGUGUUCUUUGAGACAUUCAACGUUCCGGCUCUGUUCAUCUCCAUGCAGGCCGUCCUCAGCCUGUACGCCACUGGCCGCACCACUGGAGUAGUUCUGGAUGCUGGAGACGGAGUGACCCAUGCUGUCCCCAUCUAUGAAGGCUUCGCUAUCCCUCACUCCAUCAUGCGUGUGGACAUCGCUGGCCGAGACGUUUCCCGCUACCUGCGACUGCUUCUGCGGAAGGAAGGAUACGACUUUCACACGUCUGCCGAGUUUGAGGUGGUGCGCACCAUGAAGGAGAGAGCCUGUUAUCUCUCCCUGAACCCUCAGAAGGAUGAAACUCUGGAGACGGAGAAAGCUCAGUACACCCUGCCAGAUGGAAGUACCGUAGACAUUGGGCCAGCGCGGUUCCGAGCUCCGGAACUCCUCUUCAGGCCGGAUCUGAUCGGAGAUGAAAGUGAGGGUAUUCAUGAAGUUUUGGCCUUCGCAAUUCAGAAAUCAGACAUGGACCUGCGGCGCACGCUCUUCUCCAACAUCGUUCUUUCUGGAGGAUCCACACUGUUCAAAGGAUUCGGAGACCGGUUGUUAAGUGAAGUGAAGAAGCUCGCACCCAAAGAUGUUAAAAUUAAGAUAUCAGCGCCGCAGGAGAGACUUUAUUCCACAUGGAUUGGGGGAUCCAUCCUGGCAUCUUUGGACACGUUUAAGAAAAUGUGGGUUUCUAAGAAGGAGUAUGAAGAGGACCGCGCUCGUGCCAUCCAUAGGAAAACAUUUUAAUGGGCCCCCACUGACCCCUCACCUGACCCCCCAAAGCCCCACCACCACCGCUCUGUCUCUCUUCUCCCAAACCUCUCCCACUUCCGCCUGCUCAUUGAGAACCUUGGGCCUUCCCCUGCAGCUGUGGCAUGCCCUGUAUAGUCCUGCCCCCUGUAGCCCCGCCCCCCUCCUCUUCGGGACUGGGCAGAAGUGGGUUAAAUCUGUGUCCAUCAAACACAAACGGCUUUUCAGGGUGUUGGUCACUCUCAACUUUCAUUUCAGUCACUGAAGAAAAUGCUUUGAUAUUUAUUACACUAUUUACAGCUGUGUACUGUAAUCAUAUCCACCGCAGGGCUGCGGUUCCGUAGUGCUUCAUUUUCCCCGUUCUGCUACGCCGAGUCAGUGCUCAAAGCCCCGAGCAGUUCUGAUUAAACCAGACAGAGUGAUUGUUUCACUCGACUGUAAAGAAAAUUCAUUCCAAAACUAUAGAGGGUGAUGAUUUUUCUCUUCUGUAACGCAGUUGUCUCUGCUCGCUGCCACCCUGUGGACGUGUAUAAUAGUGAUGUUAGUUCGGUUCCUUAUUAGUUCGCCAUUGUUAGUGUUUUUUGGACUUGACUGAAUAAAGAAAAGCUCCAGUUUAAGGGAACUGAACUGCAGGCGCUCAUAAGAGGUAGAUAAACAGCAUCAAUUUAGAACAGAUGUGAAGUGUGAUGUUUAGUUUUUGUGGACGCUCACUCUGUGUGAAAAUAACAAUAAUUGGCUGUCUUGAGUUUUGAACAGUUGCCCCCCGCACACCCCCAUCCCCAACCAGGCAUUUGUUUUUCCUCCAGAUCCUCAUGCCCCCCUUUGAUUUUCUGUCUGUUCAUCUCCACAUAGUGAAGAAUCUUACUUGAAACUCUGGAGGAAUGACGUGAAGGAUCUGAAAGGUUUAAGCCGAGCACAUCUGAUCUUCUUUAAAAACAAAGUUUAUCCAAAUUUAGGUGCAUGAUGUGUAAAGUUUGUGUUUAUCUCGUCACAGAAACACGAGCUGAAGAGUAGCAGGUCAGAUUUGGCCUCAUCGUACCUUUAAUAAACAUUGUGACAAAAUAAUGGAAAUGGCUGACACUGUGCAGUGACUGAAUUACAACAGCUCAAUGUCAGUAACACUAUUUGAGUUUCCAAAGGAAAACAUACUGUAACACUAUAAAAACAUACUUAUAAUACAUCAUCACAUCAGAAAAACUUGUCACUGAACUGAAUGACUGUCAGUAAAACUGAACUAUGGAGCUUCUAUAAUAAACAACCUGGCACAGCUGGUUUACUGAUUACAGCUUCAGUUCGAGCUGGUAAACAAGAAUUUUUAAACUUUAAAAACGAUUUAAAUCUGCCCAACUAAAGGAAGAAUGAAUGUUCUGAGUGCUGUUUCCAUUAUUUUGUCUGUGUCUGCUGAAAGAGCUGCGUCAUUACAGGAUUUAAUUUGUCUGUGUCCAUUUUCUCAUUAAAAUUGGCCGUAGUGUCCUUAUCAGUCUUUUUUUUGUUUUAUUAUUUUUUAAAGAUAUAAUAAUCAUCAGCCUUGUGUACAGUGGAUUGCUAUUCAAAAAUAAAGGAAAAAAAACAAAAGGACUAAAAUGUACAAUAUUGUUCCUUCAGCUGUUGCUUUUAUUUUCCAUUUUGUAAAUUCAGUAUGAUAAAUAAAUGAAUGACUGCUGUCUGA